GGUGUUGAGCCACUUAUGCAGAAAAUACACAGUGAGAUCCGUGUCGUGGAUGCUGAAAUUCUUGCUGCUGUCCGUCAACAGAGUAAUUCAGGAACCAGGGCAAAGGAGGAUCUUGCUGCAGCUACACGUGCUGUGGAGGAACUCAUGUAUAAGGUCCGAGAAAUUAAAACUAAAGCCGAGCAAAGUGAAACAAUGGUUCAAGGAAUAUGCCGUGACAUUAAAAAGCUUGAUUCUGCAAAGAAGCACAUUACAACCACCAUCACGGCCCUCCAUCGUCUUACAAUGCUAGUCUCUGCCAUCGAGCAACUUCAAGUAAUGGCUUCAAAACGACAAUAUAAAGAAGCUUCUGCGCAGCUAGAGGCUGUCAACCAGUUAUGUAGUCAUUUUGAUGCCUACAGAGAUAUUCCGAAGAUUGCUGAGCUGAGAGACAAGUUCAAGAACAUUAAACAAAUUCUCCAGUCUCACGUGUUUUCUGAUUUCUCCAGCUUAGGUACUGGAAAAGAGGCAGAGGAAAGUAAUUUGCUGAAGCAAUUGUCAGAUGCUUGUUUGGUUGUUAAUGCAUUGGAGCCAUCGGUGAGAGAAGAAUUAGUGAAGAACUUCUGCAACAGGGAGCUUAUAUCUUAUCAACAGAUAUUUGAAGGAGCUGAGCUGGCAAAGUUAGAUAAAACAGAGAGGAGAUAUGCUUGGGUCAAACGCAGAUUACGAACAAAUGAGGAGAUAUGGAAAAUAUUUCCUGCUUCAUGGCACGUUGAAUAUCUGCUGUGUAUUCGGUUUUGCAAAUUGACCAGAACACAACUUAUGGAGAUCUUUAUAAGCUUGAAAGAGAAGCCAGACGUUGGAACACUACUUCUGGCAUUGCAACGGACAAUAGAAUUCGAGGAAGAAUUAGCAAAGAAAUUCAGUGGUAGUGGUAGUGGUAGUAGCAAAAGCGUUGAGAGUGACAUUGAGGAAAUAGAUAAAAGGGAAGGCAAUAAUCAAACUGUGAUGGAUAUACGAAAGAAAUAUGAGAGAAAACUUGCUGCACAUCAAGGAAACGAAGAUGAUGAUAAAGAUGUAAACAAAGAUUUGGCUGUACCUGGAGCUGGGUUCAAUUUUCGUGGAAUUAUAUCAUCCUGCUUUGAACCGCAUUUGAUGGUAUAUGUGGAAUUAGAAGAGAGAACCCUUAUGGAGCAUCUGGAGAAGCUUGUUCAGGAUGAAACAUGGGAUAUGGAUGAUGGAAGUCAGACUAAUAUUCUAUCCAGUAGCAUGCAGGUCUUUCUGAUUAUCAGAAGGAGCUUGAAACGAUGCUGCACCUUGACAAGGAACCAGACACUCCUGAAUUUAUUUAAGGUCUUCCAAAGAGUUCUUAGAGCUUAUGCUUCAAAGCUUUUCAUGAAGUUGCCUAAAGGUGCCACGGGUACGGAUGGACAUAUUAAGACAUCUGAUAAAGAUGAAAGGCUGAUAUGCUAUAUUGUGAACACUGCAGAAUAUUGUCAUAAAACGGCUGGUGAAUUGGCUGAGAAUGUCUCGAAAAUAAUAGAUUCCCAGUUGAUCGACGCAGUGGAUAUGUCAGAAGUGCAGGAUGAAUUCUCAGCAGUUAUAACAAGAGCACUAGUAACGUUAGUGCAUGGUGUGGAAACCAAAUUUGAUGUUGAAAUGGGUGCAAUGACACGUGUUCCCUGGGGUACGCUUGAAAGUGUGGGUGAUCAAUCGGCGUAUGUGAAUAGCAUAAAUAUGAUCCUUAGUGGUUGCGUCCCUAUACUUGGAAGCCUUCUUUCUCCAGUUUACUUUCAGUUCUUCUUAGACAAGCUUGCAUCAUCUCUAGCUCCACGCUUCUACCUCAAUAUCUUCAGAUGCAAGCAAAUAUCAGAAACUGGAGCUCAACAAAUGUUGUUGGAUACUCAGGCUGUAAAGACAAUACUUUUGGAUAUUCCAUCCCUUGGGAGACAGAUUCCAGGAGCUGCUGGCUAUUCGAAAUUUGUAAGCCGUGAGAUGAGCAAAGCGGAAGCACUGUUGAAGGUUAUCUUGUCCCCGAUUGAUUCUGUGGCCGAUACAUAUGGAGCACUUUUACCCGAGGGAACACCUUCAGAAUUCCAGCGGAUUCUAGAGCUCAAGGGAUUGAAGAAAGCAGACCAACAAACCAUAUUGGAUGACUUCAACAAACGUGGUUCCGGGUUUUCUGAAUCACCAGUUGCCGCCCCAGCCGUCCAGGUGUCCCAUGUGGCGGCAGCUCCUGUGCCUCCUCCCUUGGCCAGUCCAGCUUCAUCUGCAGUUAUUGCCUCGAGAGAGGAUGUGCUUACCAGAGCAGCGGCACUUGGCAGAGGUGCCGCCACAACUGGAUUCAAACGGUUUCUUGCUUUGACUGAAGCAGCAAAAGAUCGCAAGGAUGGGCCUUUUAGAAAACUUUUCAAUGCCUAGAAUUUACACACUUUCAGAUAGGAAAAGAAAUGAGAAGAUACUCGACAACUUCUCGAUUUUGUUCAUAUAUCGUGCAUGCUCGUGCCAAAUCAAGCAGCA